UGACUGAGAAAUUUUUCUUCAUUUCAUACAUCUUUCUUUGACUCUAUGCAAACACCAAACUAAGACUGGCUAAAAUGAGUCUUUCAUCCUACAUAUUAAUACUAACCUUUUCUGUGUUUUCUCAAGGUAUUUUACUUUCAGCAAAGUCUGUAAGAAAUUUAGAAGACGACAUGGUAUUUAAUACAUUUAGGCUGGGGAAAGCCUUCCAGAAGGAAGAUAAUGCAGAAAAAUCAGUUGUUGCUCCUUCCCUGGAACAAUAUAAAAGUGAUGAGAACAGUUUCAUGAAUGAAGAGGAAAACAAAAAUUUCAAGAAUGCAGGCUCCAAACAUAAUUUCUUAAAUCAUGGUCUGCCACUGAAUCUGGCUAUAAAACCUUAUCUUGCCCUAAAAGGAUCGGUAGCUUUUCCAGCUGAGAGUGGAGUUCAGAAUACUGAAUCAACACAGGAAAAGAGAGAAAUUGGGGAUGAAGAAAACUCAGCUAAAUUUCCUAUAGGAAGGAGAGAUUUUGACAUGCUCAGGUGUAUGCUGGGAAGAGUCUACCGACCUUGUUGGCAAGUCUAAUACUUGUUGGUCCACAUCAUCUUUACAGAAGACAAAAUCACUGAAUUGCCAGUUAAGGAAAAAGCCUGUUAUGUUACUGUGACAUUAUUAUGUGACUAUGUAUUAUUUUACAUGUCUGUUUUAAAAUAAAUUAUUAUGUAAUACCAGUAAUGUAAAUGAAAUGCUUUAUCCGUGCAUUAAACUUUGAAAAUUCUGCA